AAAAAAAACAUAUGAGUAAAUGAGCUAUUAAUAAUGUUAAUGAUACUUUAAUAAAGACAAAGAUUAUUAUAUAGAUAUUUAGUAUAGUGUACAUCAGCUUAUGCUAUACCUAUGAUAAAAAACAUAAAAAAAUACAUUAAAUGCAGUCUUGAUCAAUAUAUAAGUGUUGGUCUUUUGGGACCUGUCUGCCCUGAAGAACGUAUGAGGUAAUACAGUAACCUGAAGGCCACAAUACUAUUGUAUUCAAAAUGACCUGUAAUCUCCUCACUUUGUUCUAGCACUAGUUGCCUCAACUUAUUAAUCACUAGCAGUCAGUCAAUGCAGUAGCCACAGUAUUCUGGAGUGCAGCUCUCAGGACAACUUUCCAAAAAUAUAUCCAGAAAGAAAUCUGACAACACUGAAAACAACUAUGCAUAUGAACUUGUUAGUACUGUGUGUUGCCAUGCAACACUUUGUUAUCCAAGCUGCGAGUAAGGAAGGUAUCCAGGCAAAUUUAGAUGAGUAUAUGAUGCCUGGAAUUCCAGGGCUACCAGGCCUGCAUGGACCACCGGGAAUUGAUGGGAAUACAGGCAUUAAUGGCUUUACAGGACACCAAGGCUUUCCUGGAAAGGUUGGACCUAGAGGCCCACAAGGGCCAGAUGGAAUAAUGGGAACAAUGGGUCAAAUUGGACGGCCUGGACUUUAUGGUUUAGCGGGUGUGAUGGGGGCUGAAGGCUACAGAGGUGUUCCUGGGAAUCACGGUUCUAAAGGACUAUCUGGUCCUAAAGGAAAGUCUGGUAAAACUGGCAGUAAAGGCUUAAAAGGAGACCCAGGUAGUGGUCAAGUACCUCAAGAUGAUAUAGUUGCAUUUACCGUUGCCAGGGCAACAGAAAUGUCUGCGAGUAAGCCAAUCAGCAUUGAUUUCACACAUAUAUUAUCCGAUAUAAAUGGUGACUUUGACAUGGUAAACGACUCAUUCACAUGUCGAAUUCCCGGCGUCUACCUCUUCAGUUUUUCUUUUGCGUCAGAUAGCGCGACCAGUCCAUCCGUAAACAUGGUACGCAACAGCUCAAACCUCCUGGGUUCAUAUUCGACAAGUGUUUUCUCUGUUGUGCAGACGUCUACAAACAUGAUGGUUUUAAAUCUUGUGAAGGGAGACACUAUUUAUCUUGAACUCAGUACAGGGUCUAGUAUCCAUUGCAGGGGCAAGAUGCUCUGUAGUUUUACAGGGGUGCUAUUUCAUGCCACGUAGAACAUUUUCAACUGAUAUUACUACAGCUAGGCAAGUUCAACAGCAAUCAACAUCGUGUUGUUAAAAGACAACUCAUAAGUGCGUAAUUACGAGAUCACAAAAAAAAACUUUGAAAGCUUGAAGAAACAAUUGCGGUAUACAAAACGCAAGUAGUACAGUAAAGAAGAUGCUUUAGACCAGUGGUUCUCAACCUUGUUGCAUUUGUGGACCCUUUGGACCUGCAAAAAACUUUUCACGGAUCCCAUGUCUAAAUAUACUCAUUGUCCACAUCCCAACAAUUUUUUAAAAUGUAUAUAGCAAUUCUAGGUGGCCAGAAUGACACUAUCAGACUCAACAUUUAGGGCGACUCAUGGUUGAUAUUCUACCAAUAAGGUUAUGGAUAGAAGAUGGGUUCGCCAAAUUACGACAUCUGGGAUCUUCAAAUUCGACAUAGACGAGAAGGGAGGGGUGCAGACAGCAAUUUUUACAGACAGGGGAAUUAAUCUACCAUGGUUGGGGCUGAGGCAGGAAAUUCUUAUGUUUAUGGCACUUCUAAAUGGCCAGAAAUGACACUGUCAGACCCAAAAUUGGAAUGUAAUAUUCUGUUAUCCUCCAUUUACUUUUAAUUUUGUCAUAAAAAACAAAUUUAAAAUAUUCUAUCAAAUCACCAAUAAAAUAGUGGAACUAAAUUUGAACUCGUCACUUCAGACAAGUUAGGGGAUCUGCCGCACAUUUAAACUUUAACCCUCAGGAAGCAUGCACGACACGGAUUGAAAAAUAUUUAAAUGCUCAAAUUAUGGCCUAUAAAACGCUCUAAUUAAGUUAAAGAAACAUAAUUUUGAGCAUUAUAAAAGUUUUACGCACUUGUUAAUCAUGUCAUUACGCGUUUUGCACGGUAAUGGCACAGAAAGUUGACUCCUCAUAUGAGAUAUACAUAUGUCAACUCUCAUCGAAAAACGCCUGUUGGUGGGGGGUUCAGUACCAACAGUUAUAAAAUUUGACAAAGAUUUCAAGGAAAAAAGAUAAAGGGGGGGGGGGGGCGUGUAGGUGUGUCAGAAAAACAUUUAUUUCCACCAUGAUGACAUCAUCAAAAUGUAAAAAUAAGUCACAUUUAUGAAAAAAAUUGUCUCAGCUAAAAGUUUGGAGACAAUCGAUCAUGGAUAAGCGAGAUACACUCAAAUGAGUAUUUUAGUAAAUGACGUCAUAGAUAAGAAUUCGGUUUUUUGAAUUUAGAUGAUCUAUAAAAAACAUAUCUACAACUCAUGUGCUUUCAGAAUAUGUAAUGAAAUUUGGGGGUCAUCUUUCAUCCUAAGGAGCUUUAACUGCUUUCAUAUUUUCACAGUAUGAAACAAUUUACAGUGAACGAAGUCCUGGGUAUUUCAUUAUUGUCAAGGCAUGAUCCCACUGUAGUAAGACAAAAAAAAA